GGGCGGCGGCGCACUCGGGGCGGCGCGCCCGGGCCUGGAUGUAGAGCGCCCAGGGCCUGUGUUCACCUUCGGAGAGAAACGCGGGUUGUCAUGGCGCUGCGGGGCGUCUCGGUGGUGGAGCUGGCGGGCCUGGCCCCCGGCCCGUUCUGCGGGAUGGUCCUGGCGGACUUCGGGGCGCAGGUGGUGCGCGUGGACCGGCCGGGCGCCGCGGGCGACGUGAGCCGCCUGUCGCGGGGCAAGCGCUCGCUGGCCGUGGACCUGAAGCGGCGGCGCGGAGCGGCCGUGGUGCGGCGCCUGUGCGCCCGCGCGGACGUGGUGCUGGAGCCCUUCCGCCACGGUGUCAUGGAGAAGCUCCAGCUGGGCCCCGAGAUCCUGCAGAAGGAGAACCCCAGGCUCAUCUAUGCCAGGCUGAGCGGGUUUGGCCAGUCAGGAAGAUUCGCCACGGCAGCAGGCCAUGACAUCAACUACUUGGCUCUGUCAGGUGUCCUGUCCAGACUUGGCAGCAGCGGUGAGAACCCUUCUGCUCCCCUGAACCUGCUGGCAGACUUUGCUGGUGGCGGCCUCAUGUGCGCCCUGGGCAUCGUGAUGGCUCUGUUUGAACGCACGCGCUCCGGCAGAGGCCAGGUCAUCGACUCCAGCAUGGUGGAAGGCACGGCAUAUCUAAGUUCUUUUCUGUGGAAAACUAAAAACCUCGGGCUGUGGGAACAGCCUCGAGGGGAGAACCUGCUAGAUGGUGGGGCCCCUUUCUACACAACGUACAGGACGGCCGACGGGGAGUUCAUGGCUGUUGGCGCGUUAGAACCCCAGUUCUACCAGCUGCUGGUCAAGGGUCUCGGGCUAAAAUCCGACGAACUUCCCAAUCAGAUGAGCAUGGCUGACUGGCCAGAGAUGAAGAAGAAAUUUGCAGCUGCAUUUGCCACGAAGACAAAGGCGGAGUGGUGCCGGGUCUUUGACGGCACAGAUGCGUGCGUGACUCCGGUUCUGACUUUCGAAGAGGUCGCCCAUCAUGCUCACAACAAGGAGCGGGGCUCGUUCAUCACGGAUGGGGAGCAGGGCGUGAGUCCCCGCCCCGCGCCUCUGCUGUCACACACCCCAGCCACCCCUUGUUUGGACAGGGAUCCACGGAUAGGAGAACACACUGAAGAGAUACUUAAAGAGUUUGGGUUCAGCCAGGAAGAGAUCGAUCAGCUUUACUCAGAUAAAGUUAUUGAAGGUCAGAAGCUGAGAGCUAGCCUCUAAAGUCCCUCAGCGCAAGUGAGUCUGAAUACUGCGUAUCUAGAAUGACACCUACAGAUGUGUGCAUGGGAACAUGAGCCGACAGGCCCGCAGCGUUCCAGCUGUUCUGAUUCAGAAACAGUAGUGAUCCAUCCUGAAAACGACUAACACCAAGUGGCUUUGGUUUAGGGAUGUUUUUAAUUUACCUGUACUAAAUUAGGGCACUCUUUCUACCUUGACAGAUUAUAUUUGUUGGUAUUAAAACACUUAAAUAUUUAUAAUAUACUUUAAAUAAAUUA